GAAUGUACGGAUGGUCCAUCUUCCUCACGGUCCUCGGGUCGAGCUCGACCCCCAUCCUACGCAUGAAGCAAGGGCAGAUCAGAACCACAAAGGCUGCAAAUCCAGGAAUAUCCGUCCUACAAGGGACGGCCUUCACGGCUACACCCCAAGGCGGCGGAUACGCCAUACAAAGUACUACAGAUAUAACCAUGGCUAGCCAAGAGAUGCGCUGGUUCCGUACCAACGUCAUGCUGUAUCCAGCCUCUGGUAACUGUCUAUGUUUAUUGUGCUUGACCCCAGGGCUCUUGGCCCGGGGCCUUGUGUUACUGAAUCCAACUCAGGAAUCUGGAAAAAGACCACUCAUAUUUGGAAUCAAAAACACCUCCUCGCAGGCGGUGAUCCUACCUACCGCCCCAUGGGUUUUGGUAUAUGAUGUCCUGAAUGCACCACCAACUACAGAGACCACGCGGUGGUUCGCUGGGGCACGGGUAUGGUAUCGGCCCCCGUUAGGACAACCGGUUGCGGCUGAAGUUAUAGCUGCUGAUGACUUGCAAGCUGUAACUAUUGUGGUGCAGGGAGAAUCUGCAUGGCGGCGCAUGCCAGCACAGCACCUAACGCGACGGGAGUAGGGUAUGGGCUAUGUUUCCCCUCCCCUCUUGUGUUCACAGAUGGACGUAGGCAUGGAUACCACCGCAACCCAAAGAAAACAUCUGGAUGACCCUCGCUAACGUGACCAGACAAGAUUCCUUAUGCCUCAGUACAGCAACACCGAACAAUCCCUUUUCCACA